AUGAAGCGAGAAAACUUUUGUAAAAUGUGGGAUAUUUCAGAUGGAUUUGCCCCUAAAUCGAGAGAAGACUCGAAUGAAAAAUCAAGUGAUGAAGAUAAUGAUACACCGAAAAUAUUUAUCUCAGCACCGGAUGUCGGUCGCACAAGAUGGAGUAUGUAUGGUAUGAAUUGUCGACGUAUCUCCCUUGAUGGUGGUAUAAACGGAUGA